AUGGCCUUAGGAGUGCCAAAUAUUCUUAUUUUAGGUCAUUCUUUUGUCCGUAGACUGAAAGAUGACUUGUUUAUGAAUUUUGAUCGACGGGCUGAGUCGAAUUUUGGACUUUUAGGCAGUGCUAAAGUUCAUAUGUUCGGGGUCGGGGGACGCACUGUUUCGUCUCUCAAAAAACACGACCUUCGUGUCAUUUCCCGUAUUGCUCCUGAGGCAAUUWUUCUCGAGAUAGGUACUAAUGACCUUUCUCAGUGCGGUCCCGAGGUUGUGGGCUCUGAAAUCGAAGAUUUCGUUUGUUUUCUUYGUAGAGAAUUUGGGGUCCGUAUUGUUUGUGUUUGUCACGUUAUCCCACGUGGCGGACCUUUUGCCGAGCCAUUCAAUGGGAAGGUCCGUACUCUUCACAGGGUUUUACAGGCUCUUCUCGAGCCGCUUCCUGGGGUCUUUAGUUGGUUUCAUAAGGGUCUUUCUAAUCCCGUUCGUGAAGUUUUAUUACCUGACGGAGUUCACGUCAAUAA